AUGGCAGGCCAUAAUCUUGUCGCAACCUCUGACGUGAACCGGAUUGAGGCCCCGGUGACGGUCAAGGCGUACCUCAUGUGCGCCUUUGCCUCGUUUGGUGGUAUCUUCUUUGGCUACGACUCUGGAUAUAUUUCCGGAGUCAUGGGCAUGGAGUACUUCAUCCACCUCUACCAAGGCCUUCCGUACCUCCCUCCCAACCCUACCGACGCACAAAAGAACGCUUUCACCCUCCCGGAUUGGAAGAAGUCCCUCAUUACGUCGAUUCUCUCUGCUGGUACAUUCUUCGGUGCCAUCAUCGCUGGCGAUCUCGCUGACUGGUUCGGUCGACGAACCACCAUCAUUGCGGGGUGCUUCAUCUUCAUCGUCGGUGUCAUCCUCCAAACCGCCUCCUCUAGUCUUGGUCUCUUGGUUGCUGGUCGUCUGAUUGCAGGUUUUGGUGUCGGAUUCGUCUCCGCCAUCAUUAUUCUGUACAUGUCUGAGAUCGCACCAAAGAAGGUUCGUGGGGCUCUUGUGUCCGGAUACCAAUUUUGCAUCACCCUCGGCAUUUUACUGGCUUCUUGCGUCGAUUAUGGCACCCAAAACCGCCGCAAUACUGGCUCUUAUCGCAUUCCCAUUGCUAUCCAAAUGCUCUGGGCCUUGAUCCUUGGUAUUGGUCUCUUCCUUCUUCCCGAGUCCCCUCGUUACUUCGUCAGGAAGGGCAAUCUCGAGAAGGCUACCCAUGUUUUGACCCGUCUUCGUGGUGAACCUGAAGGCUCCGAAUAUAUCCAGCAAGAACUUGCCGAAAUCGUCGCCAACCACGAGUAUGAAAUGUCUGUUAUUCCACAAGGCGGCUAUUUCAAGACUUGGGCCAGUUGCUUUACCGGUGGUUUGCGGAAUCCAUCUUCCAACUUGCGCCGAACUAUCUUGGGUACAUCUCUCCAGAUGAUGCAGCAAUGGACCGGGAUCAAUUUCAUCUUCUAUUUCGGCACCACUUUCUUCCAGGAGCUGAAGACCAUCCAGAACCCUUUCUUGAUCAGUCUGGUAACGACCCUCGUCAAUGUCUGCUCGACUCCGAUCUCCUUCUACAUCAUUGAGAAGUAUGGCCGUCGUUCGAUCCUGAUUUGGGGUGCUUUGGGUAUGGUGAUCUGCGAGUUCAUCGUCGGCAUUGUCGGUGUUACCAAAGGCCGUAUCUCUGAGAAUGACCCAGCCGCCGUCCGAGCCCAGAUCGCCUUCAUCUGUUUCUACAUCUUCUUCUUCGCUACCACUUGGGGUCCUGGUGCCUGGGUCGUCAUCGGAGAAAUUUUCCCGCUUCCCAUCCGUUCCCGUGGUGUUGCGCUCUCCACUGCUAGCAAUUGGUUCUGGAACUGCAUUAUCGCUGUCAUCACCCCAUACAUGGUCGGCACCGAGCCGAAGGAUGCCAACCUGGGAUCACGCGUAUUCUUUGUCUGGGGAUCUCUCUGUGCUCUGUGCUUCCUCUACGCAUACAUCCUCAUUCCUGAGACCAAGGGCCUGUCCCUUGAGCAGGUUGAUCGUAUGCUCGAAGAGACCACUCCUCGCACCUCCGCCAAGUGGGUCCCACACAGCACAUUCGCUGCCGAUAUGGGUAUGACAGACAAGGCCGAGGCAACUGGACACACUGAGACAAGCCCUGCCUAA